GCGAUCAAUGUGUGCGAUUGUGGUCCUUGCCGUUUAUUUGGGCUUGUAUUUGGCCCUAUUCAACAUUCAGUCUGCUGCUGGCCGGCGGCCAAGUCGGUAUAAUAAAAGCUGUCGGCGACUUUUCGCUCGUGGACAAUGACUGAGCACAUCAGGAGGGACAAAGGUGGGAAGAAACACUCCAGCCCUGGCAUUCCACUGGCACCACCAGUCGAGCCAAGGAUGAUGCUGGUGUCGCGGACCUUGCUGCUUUUACAUCACCGCUAGCAGAGGCGGCCAGAUUUUCGGGUGUGGAUGCUGGGCCGUCACUACCUCGACGAGCCCGUGGCGCUGGAGCUGGGCGAGGAGCUGAGUGGCGUCACGGACGCCCCAUUCCCAGCCAUCACCGUGUGCGACAGCAACCGGCAGAGUCGGAGCGUGGCGCGAGCCUGGGGCGUGCUCAAUCCGAAGGGCACGGGCGUCAGCUGGCGCCGCUUUCCGUGGCACCGCCGGCCAGUGGCAGAGUUCUGGGAGGAGGCGGCGCCGCGCCUCACCAGCCUGGUGCAGCAGUGCAACCGGCGCGAGUGUCGGCCGACCGGCGCGCGCGGCGGCUCCACCCGGCAGGGCCGCUGGACGGCCGGCCGCUACCGGCGCGGUCUCUGCUACACGUUCCGGCCCAGCGGGCCGCUCGUGUUCAACGGCCGGCGGCGGCUGGCGCUGGUGCUGCACAGCGACCCGGCCGAGCACACCGCACACGGCCACAGCAACUACCUGCGCCGGCCGGCCGUGGACGUGUUCGUCGCCGGAGACCAGCCACCCAUCGUGGACAAGGACUUUGAGGACGCCGAGCUGAGCCCGCACCUGUCCGUCGACGUCGGCUCAGUGGUGAGCGCGCGGCUCGGGGCCUCCCGCUGGCACCGGCUGCCGCUGCGCCGGCGGCCCUGCCAGCCGGGCGCCGGCCACUCGCGGCCGCGCUGCCUGGUCUCGUGCCGCUGGGAGGAGCGGUCGCGCGUGGUCGGCUGCCGGCCGCCCUGGAGCGCCGCGCCGCCCUCGCUGCCGCUCUGCGCCAACCAGACCGAGUUCCUCGGGAUGCUGUACAAGGAUUUCCGGGUGCCGUCGGACGACCCGUGCGUGCGGCGCUGCCUGAUGGCCUGCAACAGCACCACCUACGAGCUGCGCGUCACCAGUCUGCUGGCCAACCGGAGCGGACUGCUGGCCGUCCACCGGGCCGUGCUCGAGCUGCACUGGCCCUACGCCAUCCAGCUGAACGCCGAGCGGCCGGGCUACAGCCUCUCCGACCUGAUCUCCGACCUGGGCGGCUCGCUCAGCCUGCUGCUCGGCGUCUCGGUCGUGUCGGCCGUCCAGCUGGCUGAGCUGGGUGUGCGCCGGGCGCUGGGACUCUGCCUCCGUCACUACCGCCGCCGCCGCCGCCGUCCGGCAGUCCGCGCCGCAGACUGUCCGCUGAGGCCCGGCGGGAAGGCCGGUCCGGGAGCCGCGCACGGGACGUCCGGGCUGCCAGCGGUGAGCCGCGAAACCCAGCCGGCCCCGGCUGCGGCAGCAGCAGUCUCCUCUCGGGCGGCCUGAGUCCGGCCAACACCGCACAGCGCCCAGAAUACCGUCUAAGUACCCCGGCACAAUCACACAGUCGUGUCGCACAAAGCGCAAACUCAUUGAGAAAUGUAACGACAUGUAUAUGUAGCUCGCAGCCUUUCGGCACUAAAAGGCGGCUGUGUUCGUGUCCGACCUACACCGCGCUCGGUCCGGACCCACCCUGGGCC